AUGUUUAAGUUGAAUUCCAAAUUAUAUUUCGGUUUAAGAAAUAUAAAUUAUUUAAUAAAUAAUCAUAAAAUUCAUUACUUAAAACCAUAUUUUGUCGAAAAAAUCCCAUUAAGAUGUAACAAAUUUUCAACAGUAAAUAAAAAAGUGACUAGUAAUGUAAACGCAGUUAAAGAUAAAGAAAAUAUGCAUGUUGAAAAUGUUCAUGAUCAUGGAGUACAUACAAAAGGGUUAUAUCAUCAUAUAGAUCAUCAUCAUGGUAAUCCGCAUGAUCACCUAAAUGAAGAUGGUACAAAAAAACAUGAAUACGAUUUUGAUAAUUAUCAUUGGGAUGAUUAUUGGUCAAAUACACCAAAACAAAAUAUUGUAAUAGUAAAUGGACAAAAAAUGAUAAAAGGAGAAGAAACAAAACCAUUAGAAUAUUUAUUUAAUGUUAGUCAACAUAAUAUUCCUUUUUGGUCCAGAACAAGAUUAAAUGUAUGGGGAAAUUAUAAUAUGGUUUUAAAAGUAGAAUUUUUAUUUUUUUGGAUUCCAACUCUUAUAAUUAUGAGUAUAGCUGUUCCAUGCUUCACAAUGUUGUAUAUGUUAGAUGAAAUAGUUCACACAACAAUGACAGUAAAAGUUAUAGGACGACAAUGGUAUUGGAUUUAUGAAGUAGAGUCUCCACCAGAAGAUGAUGAAUAA